AUGAACCAGCACCUGGAUCAACGCAACCCAGGUGAUAAUUACAAUAACAAUACAAACAACAGUAGUACUACUCCUACUACUACAACUGCUACUGCUGAUAAUCAACAACAACAACAACAACAACAAUCAAGUCCUUUACCAUAUUCUAGUACAGUUGUAGCUGCAGGAAUAACAAGAAUGGAGAUUGAAGAAAAGAGUGGUGGCCACCAUACACAAAGACCACCACCACAAGGUAGUCCCUUACAACAACAACAUCAACAUCAUACAGGCAUUUCAAACACAUAUAAUAAUAAUAAUACUAAUAGAAUAGAUGAAGAAUAUAUUGAUGACCAUCACCAUCAUCAUCAUCAUCACCAACAACAACAUCAUCAUCACCAUGAUCAACAACAACAUCAACAUCAUCAACAACAACAACAACAACAACAACAACAACAACAACAACAACAACAACAGGGAAGUUUACCACUUUCUAGUACAGUUGUAGAUAGAUUAACAAGAAUGGAUAUCGAAGAAAAGAGUAGUGACAAUAGUGAAAGCUUACAUUCAAUCAAAUACCAACCAACCAUGUUUAAUAUUCCAGCAAGUAGUAUUAAUAGCAUUGGUAAUUUGGUCAAUCCAAUGGGAGGAUCAAGUUCCGAUGGUCUUAUACACCCCUUUAAGACGAUGCACACAUCUUUCUCAUCAAACUCAUCGUCUUCUUCGUCGUCAUCGUCAUCAUCUUCCUCGCAUCCAUCUUUUAUAUCAUAUAAUUCCACCACCUCGCCAAUUGGUAAUCAUCCUUCAACCCAAUUACCAUCCUUUUCAACUAUAGACUCUACAAAUAAGCCCUCUGCCACCCAUGUCCUAUCGCCUUUGUCGACAACAUCACCUACAUCUACUACUUCUACAACAACCUUUCAAAUGCAACCACAUCAUCACCAUCACCAAAGCCAUCCUACCCACUAUCAACAACAAAAACAACAACAACAACAAGCACCAGAAGUAAAUACAUUUUAUUUACCUCCACCCGAUGACGUUGAAAAUAGAUUAAAAGAAUUUAAAGUGGUCCGGGUGAUUGGAACAGGAACAUUUGGUAGGGUGUAUCUUGUACAGAAUCAAAUCGAUCACACCUUUUAUGCUAUGAAAUGUUUAAACAAAUCAGAUGUAGUUAAACUAAAGCAGGUAGAACAUUUAAAUUCGGAAAAAUCUAUUCUUGCUUCUAUUCAUCAUCCAUUUAUUGUAAAUUUAUAUCAAUCAUUCCAAGAUGAAAAGAAAAUCUAUUUGUUGUUUGAAUAUGUUGCAGGAGGAGAGGUAUUUACACAUUUGAGAAGAGCAAACAAAUUCCCAAAUGCGAUGGCCAAAUUUUAUGCUGCCGAAAUUGUAUUGGCAUUGGAGUAUCUCCACAAGCAUAAUAUUGUAUAUAGAGAUUUAAAGCCAGAAAACCUUUUACUAGACAACCAAGGACACAUUAAAAUUACAGAUUUUGGUUUCGCCAAAAAAGUUGAAGAUAGAACAUUUACACUUUGUGGAACUCCCGAAUAUUUGGCACCUGAAAUCAUCCAAUCUAAAGGUCAUGGAAAGGCUGUAGAUUGGUGGGCUCUUGGUAUUUUAAUUUUUGAAAUGUUGGCUGGAUACCCACCAUUUUAUGAUGAUGAUACAUUUGCCAUUUAUGACAAGAUUUUGGCAGCAAGAAUAACUUUUCCACAACACUUUGAUCUUGAUGCCAAGGAUCUGGUAAAGAGGCUUUUAACCAGUGAUAGAACUCGUAGAUUGGGUGCUUUAAAGGAUGGAGUACAAGAUGUAAAGAAUCACAAGUGGUUUGUUGAUAUCGAUUGGGACAAGCUAAUCCAAAGAAAAGUAUUGGCUCCUUUUGUACCAAGCAUUCAAUUCCAAGGAGAUUCUUCAAACUUUGAAAAGUAUGACGAAGAACCUAUGCGUGAAGAAAUAUCACCAAACUUUGUUGAUCCAUUUGCUCAAUUAUUCAAAGAUUUUUAA